AUGGACAUCCCUCAGCCUCGGAGACGGAGGCCGGCUCGGUCUUGCAUUGAAUGUCGACGGCGCAAGAUCAAGUGUGACCGCAGUAACCCGUGUGGCCAAUGUGUCGCUGCUCACAGUCCCUGCGGCUACAAGACGUACAACAGUGAGCGAGCCAUUCAGCAUUCUCAGGCAACCCCAUCUGAGCCUUCGGGGUUGAGACAGGAAGCGACUACACAGAGACAGAACCUGAGGGGUUAUUCGUUUGCCAGCAAUGAUACUCCUCAAGCCGAUCAAUCUUCCGGGAUAGAGCCCGGGGCAACAGAGAAUGGGCUUCGAAACGCCACUGGCAGAGAGGGUGCGCGGUUGCCGAGCCAAACUGACCCUACCCUGCAUGAUAUAGCGCAACGUUUACAGAGACUGGAACAAGGCCAAGCAGCACAUUGUCUCCCCGAUGUUGCGGAGACAGGCCGAGACAUUCUUGCGGAUCAAUCAAGACUGUUAGGGAGCUAUGUUGUUUUAAACAAAUCCAAGGUCGUGCGAUGGAGCUUCCGGAUGGGCACAGCCAAACAGUUUCAAUCGAUUAUAACUUGCUACACAGAAGCCACCGGAAAUGGCAACGGAACAGCUUUCCAAGGCGCCGAUACGAGAGCCCUCCUCACUCAGGUCAAUGACCUCCUUCAAGAAUGCAAGCUCCUGGCGAGAAGUACAAAGCUAGGACGACCGAGCAGACGCUUUUCGUCUGCAGAUUUCGACCUUUUACCCCUUCCGCGUCAGUACGCCGACUCGAUGGUAACGCGGUAUUUUCAAACUUUCGAGCUGGUGCAUCGAGUACUCCAUCAGCCAACAUUUCUGGCCGAAUACCAACGCUAUUGGAGCCAUCCGGAAAGCGUGACGCUUGAUCUGCGGUUCAAAGUCCUCCUAGUCGUGGCAAUAGGAUCAAGUGUGUCAGCGCCUAGGGACAGUGACCCUGGGUUUCGGCGUCGUGCUCAAAAAUGGAUAUAUGGUGCUCAGAUGUGGCUUUCAGGACCACUCGAAAAAGAUCGGCUCAGUAUUACCGCUCUGCAAGUAUAUUGUCUAACUAUCCUUGCGAGACAAAUAUACUCCGUCGGCGGUGAUCUUGUUUGGAUGUCGAUGGGAUCGUUGAUCCACACGGCCAUGCAAAUGGGCUUGCAUCGUGACCCGAAACAUCACCCGUCCAUGUCCGUACUGGAGGCUGAAAACCGCCGGAGGCUAUGGGCUACGAUUCUGGAGAUGGCCGUUCAGUCGUCGCUGGAUGCGGCGAUGCCCUGCCGGAUGGCCUUGGACGAAUUCGAUACAGAGCCGCCUUCAAAUAUCAACGAUGAUGAACUAGAUGAAUCAACAAUCACAGUUGAGUCAAGACCUACGAGUGUAUACACUAUGUCGUCGAUUCAAAUCUAUCUGCUCCAGUCACUGCCAGUCCGGCGUCGCAUUGUUCAGAUGCUUAAUGGGUUGCAUUCGAGGCUUCUCUACACGGAAGUCCUCGAGGUCACCUCAGAGUUAAUGGACGCCUAUCGAUCAUGCAGCAGAUUUAUGAGCAGUAACAAGGGACUUGGUGUCACAUCCUUCCACCGGAACCUACUGGACCACCUUGUUCGCCGCUUCAUCAUACCUUUACAUUGGUUUUUUGCCGUCGAAGCUCCAACAAACCCGUUGUUUGCGUUCUCUCGGACUGCUAUCCUCGACGCAGCCACAACCAUCAUCCAUACCGAGCCAGAUGACGGCUUCGCGCACCUAAUGGUUGUAGGGGGCGGUUUAUUCCGAGAAAGCCUAAGAAAUGCAGCCAAUGUAAUCAGCCUCGAGCUUAUCACUCAUGCAGAGACGGAGCGUCUGAACGGGACGCUACACCGCGAUUCAAAAUAUAGGGCUGUUUUGAAGCAGGAGCUAGGUAACCUAACGGAUCUGUUCUCAGAGAGAAUCCGGCAGGGGGAGACUAAUAUCAAGAGUCCGAUGUUUUUGAGUAUGACAAUGGCACAAGUCGAGGCAAUCGAAGGCGAAGGCAACAUCUCAGAAGAACAUGCCAUCGCAAAGAGUGCGAGAGAUAGUCUGGAGACUUGUCUGAUGAUACUACGGGACUGGGCCAGCACAGUUCCUUUGCCGGUCGACACAUACGCAGGAGACUGGCAACAGCUGUGGGACUUCGAUCUGGAUUCGGGGUUUGAACACUUCUUUCAGGGUAGUUCUUUCCCUUGA